AUGCAUCGUCUUUUUGCUGAGCUGGAGCCAUCUAUAACUGCCACAGAGCAAAACCUGGUAGACCGAGUUCGGUAUAUCUUGCGCUCAAAUAUAUUUGAUGUCGCCGAACUCGAACGGCUACGACGUGAGGCUGUUCCUUCAUCGGGUGAAAAUGCUACGGCUGAGGAUUCGGCGCCACAAUUUGCAGAGCAAACGGAAAACGUGGAUGCCGCCGUGAAUACCCCAGUUGUGAUUGAUUCAAACGAUGAUGGAACACUUGCCCAGGAACUCGAACUAGAGCAAAUGAGGAGUACAUUGGAAGAGGCGAUUGUGGAAACGCGCAGUACGCCUCUAGAAAAUCGACCGCGAAGCAAGCGGAAUCAGGCUGGCUCGGAUAUAAUGCAAAAACUGACGGAGCGCAUAGACGACCUGAAGCAGAGAAUCGCUGCUUGGGGAAAGCGGAUUCGGCGAUAUACCGAGAGGUUGACACGGUUCAACCAGAAUCGUCUCUUCCAGAGUGAUCAGAAGAGGCUUUAUAAAUCAUUGGAGCGACCAAUGGUAAGUGGAACGGGCCCAGUACCGAAUCAGGCCGACACGGUCGCAUUCUGGCACAGCCUGUGGUCAGAGCCCGUAAACCACAACGAGGGCCCUUGGACGGAAGUCGUGGCGAGUCAGUGUGCGGGUAUUACGUCCAUGGACCCUGUCAUUAUAACGCUGGAUGACGUAGCUGAGGCGGUCCGUAGGGCCCCUAACUGGAAAAUCCGGGACUUGACGGGCUGCAUCACUACUAGUUGA